UGUGAGUGAAUAGAGAUGAAGUGAAAAGACAUUAAAGGAUUAGAGCAUAACUAAUGCACUGCAGGAUUACAGACAAACGGGGGUAGAGACAGAGCUGGAGGUAAACAGAGACAGAAAAGGACUCAGAGAGAGCUAGAUAAAAGGCCUGCAGGUAAAGAGAGAGAAUCACAGCAAAUGAGCAAGUGAUUCAAAUCCAAUAGAAAUUAAAGAUUUAAAGGCUCCAGCGCACUGCUUCCUCCAUGACACACUCAGGUGAAGACACGCUCACAGCGAUGAAUAUAGAGAGGAUUAUCGAGUGUAUCAGAGAGGAUGACCAGAAAGGACUGAAGGCAGAACUACAGCAAUUUAAUCGAGAGUAUGCACAGUGUUUCUUCUAUGAUUUGGAGGAGAGGGAGAGAAGAAGAAGGCUGGAGCUGGAAGAGUUCCGAAAGAAUAAAGUGCGGGAUUAUAUGUCAGACUCUGAUUCAGACUAUGAGGAAUCCAGUAACCCAGAUGUCAUUUUGAGACAGGCUCUGGCUACGGUUUUGAUCAGGUUCCUCCAGACUGAACCGCAAGGGCGUGUGCUGAAAGCAUGCCUGAGAUCCAUACGGAUUCUCUCGAGGGACAAAAAGGUUUUGGGCCCUCUGAUCACUGACAGAGCGCUUCUCACUCUAGCAUAUCUGGGUGGCAUCAGCAAUGCACCUGUUCCCAAAGAAGACACAGACGGUGACUCUGACCCCUAUAAUGACAUCAUCGAGGCUAUUUCUGAGAGCAAAUUGGAUCGAGCGGAUGAGGAUGAUCACGGCAGUGAGGAAGACGAUGGUUCUGGGGCCGUAAGCAGGGAUGCGAACGACCCUGUGGUCUGGGGUCAGAGUGAUUGGUGUGGCGAGCGCAAGGCCAGCACGUUUUCAAACAUGAGCCUCAUACCGUCUCGCAGGAGGAGCAGCGUUUUCAAAGCCCUCACGCGUGGUAAAAGAGACAGCAGAGGAAGCCUUGGAGGAGGAGAGGAGGAGGAGGAAAAAGAAGAAAAAGUUGAUGAUGAAGCCAACAGAAAGGAAGUCAUGAAAAUCUUCUGUAACAUUGUUUACAAUAGUGCUUGGGCACAAGAGAGAGCCAGCGAACUCAGUCUCCUCUGUGGUCUGACAGAAAAGCUAAGUAAGGAGUUUCAGUCCGCAUCUUCCCCCUCUGGUCAGUUUUACACACUCCGGUUCAUGUUUUUACUGACGGCCUUGAGACCUGAACUCAGAGCACAGCUGAAACAAGAGGGAGGAGUGCCGCUGUUGACCACAGUGCUGGAGAAGAGUUUAUCAGUCCAGUGGAAGGAACAGUAUGAGGUCGUGCUGGAUCCUACAGCACCUCGUAUAAGUGUGGAGGACUCACAGCAGGCUCAGGAGGCCCUGAAGAUUCUUUUUAAUAUCACACACAGCACACACACUCAAGAACCAGAAGAGGAAGAUGCAUCCCUAUAUCGCCACCUGGCUGCAGUUUUGUGUCACUGUCUGAUGGUGUCCUGUGAGGAAGAGGAAGCUACAGAUGAAUUAAAGGGGCAUGCAGCGAAUAUGCUGUCUGCUCUCCCGUUGAGCUGUCUAGACGUUCUGGUUUCUGUGCCUCUGGGUCCAGACUCACACCAGAUGAAUGGAGCCAACAUGGACUGUGUGCACAACCUGCUCAUCUACAUGGAGAGAAAACUGGAGCAGGGUGAAAAGGUCAAAGAGAGACUGACCCCUGUGCUGAACUUGCUGACCGAAUGCUCCAGAGGUCACAGAGACACAAGACACUACCUCAGACAACAGAUUCUGCCUCCGUUAAGAGAUGCCAGCACUAAGCCUGAGGAGGGAAGCACCAUGAGGAAUCGUCUGGUCAGACUGAUGACCCACCUGGACACUGAGCUCAAACACUGCGCUGCUGACCUGCUCUUCGUGCUGUGCAAAGAGAACGUGAGGCGUUUCGUGAAGUACACUGGAUAUGGAAAUGCUGCUGGACUCCUGGCCACUAGAGGCUUGCUAGGAGGUCAGAGGUCAAAGGCCACAUCAUCAGGCACGCAGUACUCUAGCGAUUCAGACUCGGACACCGAGGAGUACCGGCAGAUUAAAGACCGAGUGAAUCCAGUGACGGGACAGGUGGAAGAGGAGCAGCCUGAUCCGAUGGAGGGAAUGACAGAGGAGGAGAAAGAGGAGGAGGCUCACCGGCUCAUCAGUCUCCAUAAAAAACUAAACAGGGAUAAUGUGAUUCAGCCGAUGGGACUGGACGAAGAGGGUCAGCUGGUGCCGCUGUCGGAGCUCAGGGACCUUUCAGUGGAGGAGAGGAAAUCAGAGGAAGAACAUGAUGACCUGGAGAAUGUGGAGUAGAACUGGCGUAGAUGUGGUGAUCAAAACUGACUAGAUAAAAUAAUAAUAUUUCGAUAUCACAUAACACCACCUAGACAUGCCCUUAAAUAUUACCUGAAUAUAUGUGAUUAAUUGAGACACUUUAUUUAAUUAAUACACAUCUGUUCAAAAGUUUGGAUCAAUAAGAUUUUUUAUUAAUAUUUUUAUUUAGCGAAGAUGCAUUA